AACUCGGGUUUGGGUUAAUAUUUUUAAUUCUCUUUUUGGCAUUUUUAGUACUUUUAUUGUUUAAUUUUCAUUUGUUUAGCUUAAUUUUAUUUUAAUUCCUAUUAUUACAAACCUUUUAUUUCCAUUCAAAAAUAGUUGUUUUUAAUCUUUUUUUUACAUGUUAUUAUUUUAAUAUUUUUAUUUUUCCUAACCCAAGUUACCAGAUAUCCUAUUUGUUUUGGAAUAAAUUGCAGUAAAAGGCCAAAUUGAAGCUCAUGUUUGAAAAGAAAAGAUUGAGUUUGGACCGGAGCCCAAACCCAUCAUCAACAACUCAAUUAAACAAAGAUAAGCCCAAGUCUCCUUCCCCCAAAUUCAAAGUCACGCAAGAAAAAAAAUGCUUCCUGCGAUUGAAGCAAGUGCAAGACCAGGAGAAGAGCAGCGACCUAUUCAAAUUGGCAGUAACGCAUCUCCUUCAACGUUCGGCCAUGAAUUGCUCUCCAAAUCAAUGGAAGUAUGUUUUCAUGCUUGAAUAGAGAGUUGGGGUUCUAAGGUAUAUUUCAAAACGGGCCUUUGAAUUGCAUGACUCCGGGCCGUGUGGAGAGUUGACAAUCCUCCAUAUCGUGGUUAACGAAAUGAAUCGACUCGGCCUUUGAUUGUUUUUCCUAUUCUUAAGUGCUAGUUUGUUUUUUUUUAUAUUUAUUUUCAUGACAAUGUGUUUGCAUGCUAAAUUGGUUUUAAAAAGUACAACAUUUCUCCGUGGGAUCGACCCUUACUUGCCCUAGCUAUAGUUUUUAUUUGAUUAUAUCUUGGGGGUUAGUUAAGGAUAUUUAUAAAUUUUUAAUUUGUUUUGGACCGCACGACAAGUCCCCAACAAAUUUUGGCGCCGUUGCCGGGGAAAUUGUUUUGUAAAAAAGCAGUUUCGUAUGCAUAUGUAUUCUUGGGGUAGUAAGGGUAAACCUUGUGGAGUGUGUUGCUUGGAAGGACAUCCUACUGAUGCGUGUCCAACACUCCAAAAUCCUGAAGUCAAUGCUUUGUUUUUCAAUAAUAACAACCAAAAGAAGUAUGAUCCUUUUUCUAACACUUAUAACGAGGGUUGGAGAGAUCAUCCAAAUAUGUGUUAUGGUCCUCCCAGGGGUAAUAAUCUGAAUUUUUCUAAUAAUCCACCUCCCCAGCAAGAUAGGGCAACCCAUAUGUUAGAACAAGUGCUUAAAAAGAUGGAUGAUAAAUUUACUUCGGUUGACAUAAGUCUUAAGCAACUUCAAGAAAGACAAACAGCCUCU